GUUGUAGUACAUAUUGAAGUGUUUUAGGGAUGCAUCGAGGUAGUGCAACAGUAUCAUCCAAUAACGGUUCUAAUAUCAGAUAUGGCGGAGCAGUACCAAAUGCACAACAUGGUCGACGGUCAUUUGCUCCGCAGCCUGCUGGUGCUCCACCGAUGCUUCCACCACAACACAAUACUCGCAGUCAGAUGCAAAAUCGUGCAAAGAAACGAAAAUUGGUUGACAAGCUGUUACCUAUGCAGGUUCGGGAACUUGUACCAGAAUCUCAAGCCUACAUGGAUCUCCUAGCUUUCGAACAAAAGCUUGAUGCCACCAUUACAAGAAAGAAGCUGGAUAUACAAGAAGCCUUAAAAAGGCCAAUAAAAGUAAAAAGGCGGCUUCGAAUAUACAUUUCACAUACAUUCAUACCUGGCAAAGAACCUGAGAGGGAGGGCGAUGAAGGCACUGUACCAAUGUGGGAACUACGAGUCGAAGGACGUCUGUUGGAUGAACCAUCGGUAGGCGUAGGUGCUGCAGGUGGUGGAGUUGCGCAAAAUCGAAAUCAACCACUGAAACGGAAAUUCAGUUCGUUCUUCAAAAGUUUGGUCAUCGAAUUGGACAAAGAAAUUUAUGGACCCGACAAUCAUCUUGUUGAAUGGCAUCGAACUCCCCAAACGAAUGAAACUGAUGGAUUUCAGGUUAAAAGGCCUGGAGACCGAGAUGUCAAAUGCACUAUUCUUUUAUUACUUGAUUACCAACCGAUGAAAUUUAAAUUGCAUCCACGAUUAGGAAAAGUACUUGGAAUGGCUACGGAAACACGUCCAAAAAUUAUUGAAGCCCUUUGGCAGUAUAUAAAAACGCACAAAUUGCAGGAUCAGAUUGAACGCGAUAACAUAAAUUGCGACUCCUAUUUAGAGCAAAUUUUUGGAGUAAAGCGGAUGCGUUUUAUGGAAAUACCUCAACGUCUUCAAAGUUUAUUGCACCAGCCUGAUCCUCUGAUUCUGCAUCAUACUAUUCAGUACAGUGAAGGAAAUGAGAAAAAUACGGCAUGUUAUGAUAUUGAUGUGGAAAUGGAAGACCCUCUGAAAACACAAAUGACUUCAUUUCUUCAUAGCCACGCUAACAUGCCAGAUAUAAGUGCACUGGAUCAGAAAAUUUUUGAUAUCGUGGAACAGAUCAAUGAAUGGAAGCUUCGACGAGAUUUUUAUGUUCGUUUCGCGGACAAUCCGCAGGAAUUUAUCCACAAGUGGUUGAUUUCUCAAAGUAAUGAUCUGAAGACAAUGACAGAAGUAUUUGGUGACAGCGAAGUUGAACGUCGUGCUGAGUACUAUUAUCAACCUCAGAUCAUGGAGGGCACUUUUCGUUAUAUCUAUCACAAAGUGCAACAAAAGCGAGCUGAAUUGGAGAGCACGUUAGGCAUCAAAAACAAUUGACUUUUCAAUAACUCUUCCGACUAUUUUGUUUAAUCUGAUGAUAAAUUAUUUGUUAUCUGGAAAAAUAGUCGCGUCCUCUAGCAUAAUUCCUCUUAUAAUUUUACUGUUUGGUUGAUUACUUUGUGGAGAACUUCACUUCUAGCUGUUUUAAUUUAUUUGUUAUUUAUUUCAUUGAAAUUUUCACGGUUAAAAACUGUUGGAGAAGAAACGUAUGUGUUAUGUCGAACAUAACUUACAAUCUGUAUUUUGUAACUUUUGUAUUCUGGCGUAUUUUCUUUUUCGUUAGAAUAAGUUGUUUCCCACCUUGAAUUUAGCCUUCAAUUUCAGGCUCUCUCAUUUGCGAAUCCUCUUUACAAUUGAAACUCUUGGUUACUGAUUGAAUGAGACACUUUUUCUAAACCGUUUGUAUAUAAAUUUUCUACUUGC